CCAGAGUGGUGCUGGAAAUACUGUUGGUGAGGAGGUGGAGCAGGUAAACAGCUUUCUCUCAAGGGCAGCUCUGACCACAAAAUACAUGACCAAGUCAGGCAGAGCAGAUAUGAUUACAAUGCUUGCCAUGGGAUGGAACAAGAGGAAGGUGGAUAGUCUCCAUAAGACACUGGCAAAGCGAUUUCUCAAAACUACACAGAGAGCAGAAAUCGAAGCAGCAAAUCUUCAGCGUCUCCAGCACGACCUCGGUAUCACUCUGGAUGACUUAGAACAGUGGGCUGAAGAUGUGAAGCAGUGGGCAGCCACUGAGAAACGUGGUGCUCAUAGUAGUCGGGAAGAGCUCCAGAGAGAGAUCGAUGAGAUCAUCUAUUCCCUCAGAAGGAAGAAGCAUGAUCUCUAUCGACAAAAUGACAGCAAUCAAACAAGACACCGGAAACGGAGGAGACUGGGUGAGCUCAAAAAGAAACUCGGUGAGAAGAUCAUCCAGUACAACACUGUUGCUGCCAAUGAAGACAAAAUUGACACAGAAGCAGCAUGCAGUCUCUCUGAUGUGAUUCUGCCUUGGGAAGCGCAAGGAGAUGUGGUGAGCCUACGUACGAAGCAGCAACUUUUUGACCAGGUCCUGCUGGUCCGGCGCAUGGAAGAGGAGAAACCUCUCAUUGUGAAGGAGAUGACCCAGCAUCAUCAGUGCCUGAGAAAGGCAAUUGACAAACUAGACCACCUCCUUCAUCACACUGAGGAAAACAUAAAAAAUCAUACUACUCCUACGGAUAUGACAGAGGCCGGAUACAGAGGACUGCACUGCUGUCUUUUACAGAAGAAAGAUGCUCUACAAAAGAAACUGAGUGCAGUCACCAGCACCUAUGUCCUUGUAGACACAGACCCCGGUUCCUUUGAUAUGCUGGAGGAAGACAUGGAGGACUGUGAAGAGGACGACAGCAGUUCAGAACUUUCAGAUGGAGAGGGAGAGAUGUAGU